AUGUUUGACCCCUCGGCGCCGCCCGAGGACGGCUGUCCCUUUUGCGAAAUCGCCAGCAGCUUCCCGCCCUACGACCCAUGCUCGCCGCCGGCCGCGGGCGCCAUCACGCCGGGAACUUCGCGCCGCGCCGCGCCAGCCACCUUUGUCGUGCUCUCGACGGCGGCCGUCGUGGCCUUUCUCGACAUCAUGCCGCUGAGCGCCGGCCACGUGCUCGUGUGUCCGCGCGCGCACCGGCCGAAGCUGACGGACGCGACGCGGGCCGAGGCGCGCGCGCUCGGGGACGAGGUGCGCGUGCUGUCGGCGGCCGUGGCGCGCGCCACGGGCGUGGGCGACUGGAACGUGGUGCAGAACAAUGGCGCCGCCGCCGCGCAGGUCGUCCCGCACCUGCACUACCACAUCAUCCCGCGGCCCGAGAUCCGCGCCUCGGGCCGCCUCUCGUCCAGCUUCACCAUGUUUGGCCGCGGCCAGCGCGAGGAGCUCGACGACGACGAGGGCGAGGCGCUCGCGGCUGAGAUACGGAAACGCGUGGCCGAGGUGUUGAAGGAGGACGAGGAAAGGACAGAGGUCAAGGCGAAGCUGUAG